AUGACAAAUAUCGAUUAUUUACGUCAAAUUGAAACAGCUGUUCUAUCAUGUGUAUCAUCAGAUCCAAUACGUCGUCAACAAGCAUAUACAUUUGUUGAAGAAAUUAAAUCAAAUCCAACACAAUCCAUUUCAAUUGUUAAACAUUUUGGUUUACAAUGUAUUGAAGAAACAAUAAAAUAUAAAUGGACAUCACUUGAUUCACAAUUAAAAUUAUCAAUUAAAGAACGUUUGUGGUUAUUAAUGACUGAACAUGAUCAAUUACCUGUUCAUCUUAAAACAAUUUUAGUUCGUUGUGUUUGUGAAAUAGCUAAACGUGAAUGGCCUCAACAAUGGCCAUUAUUUCUUGAUGAACUUGUUACAUUAUCAAAAUUAAAUUCAACAAAUGAUUAUUCAUUAUUAAUAUUAGCUUAUCUUAUUGAAGAUGUUAUUGUUCUUCAAACAUUAAAUUCCAUACGUAAACGAGAUAUUCAAACAACAUUAUUACAACAUGGUACUAAACUUCUUGAAUUUAUUGAAUAUUUUCUUGAUUUAUCAAAUACAAUAUCAAGUGCAUUAUAUGCAUUAACAAUGUUUGCAACAUUUCUUCCAAUUGAAAUUUUUUUUUCAACAAAAAUUAUUGAUAAAAUUGUUUAUUUACUUAAUUCAUCAAUACAUCGUAUGAAAGCAGCUGAAUUUUUAAGUGUUAUUUCAGAUCGUCGAGGUAAAUAUGAAGAACGUUUACCAUUAUUACAACUUUUUUCAUAUUUAUUUCAAAAUGGUUCACAUUAUAAUGAUUUAUAUUCAAUAAUAAAUAUUCAACAAUCAAAUGAUACAUAUGAUUUUAUGAAACAAUAUGCUAUGGUUAUAACAGCAUUAUGUGAACAAUUAUGUUAUUUAUGUGGUAGUGAUGAUUUAAAUAAAAAAGCUCCAUUACCAGAACAAUUUUCAAAUGGUAAAUUUUUACAAGUAUUAUUAACAUUAAUGCAACAUCCAAGUAUUUAUAUAUCAUUAUAUGGUUAUCAAAUGUGGUUACAAUUAAUUAGAGCAAAUAUAUUUCAAGAAAAUGAUUAUCAAAAUAUUUUACCUAUUGUUCUUCGAUCUUUAUGUCAUUCAUUAGUUAAACAACUAUAUAAGAAAAAUGUCGAUAGUGAACAAGGUAAAUAA